UUGUCUCCGGGGUCAGAAGACGACGACCACGAGGGCCCCGUGAGCGAGAAACUGGGCAGGAUUCAGUUCAGCUUGGGCUACAGCUUCCAGGACACGACUCUGACGGUCAAGAUACUCAAAGGUCAAGACCUGCCCGCUAAAGACUUCUCUGGGACGUCCGACCCCUUCGUCAAAAUCUACCUGCUGCCUGACAGAAAGCACAAACUCGAGACCAAAAUCAAGAGGAAAAACCUCAACCCUCACUGGAACGAAACCUUCCUGUUUGAAGGGUUCCCGUAUGAGAAGGUGCGGGAGCGAACGCUGUACCUCCAGGUGCUGGAUUACGAUCGGUUCAGCCGUAACGACCCGAUCGGAGAGGUCUCGAUUCCUCUGAAUAAAGUGGAGCUGGGACAGCUGAAGACGUUCUGGAAGGAUCUCAAACCCUGCAGUGAUGGCAGCGGAAGUCGUGGAGAUCUGCUGUUGUCUCUGUGUUAUAACCCCACUGCCAACACCAUCACUGUUAACAUCAUAAAAGCUCGCAACCUCAAAGCCAUGGACAUCGGGGGCGCCUCAGACCCGUAUGUGAAAGUAUGGCUGAUGCACAAAGACAAGCGAGUGGAGAAGAAGAAGACAGUCACCAUCAAACGCUGCCUGAACCCCGUCUUUAACGAGUCCUUCCCUUUCGACGUGCCCGCACAUGUUCUCCGAGAGACCACCAUCAUCAUCACCGUCAUGGACAAGGAUCGACUGAGCCGCAAUGAUGUCAUUGGAAAGAUCUACUUGUCAUGGAAGAGCGGUCCUGCCGAGGUCAAACACUGGAAGGAUAUGUUGAGCCGGCCACGCACGAACGUGGCACAGUGGCACACCCUUAAAGCCUGAUUCGCCCUCUCCAUUGACCACCCCUUCCCCCCGAGCCCCCUUUGACCCGAAACCCCGUCCUUAUGCACAAGACUAACUUGCUGCCAGACGGCACAACACGGGUACUAUUAGCCAUCCACUCUUGUAACCUUUAACCUAUGAGCUUCUCUCUCCACUUUGGUCUUCAUUUACUCUGGUAACCUGUAGUCCAAAUGCCUGCUUAUUAGCUAAUUACGCCAACGGUUCCUUUGUGCAUUAGCAUCCGUUCUGGACUCUGGGAUAGUGGCUAAAUCCAACAAAGCCAUUUAAAGAUGCUCUGAGAGCGUUCGCGCCGCAACUACACGUUACCAGGAUGACGUUUCCUUCCUGUUUUGGUUUUAUAGCCCAAUUCCCCUGUGUUCCUCAGGCUGGAGAGGUCUGACAUCUUUAGGAUGUGUGAAUGCAUCAGCUGGGCCCCGUCCCUCGUCUCAUCAAACCUCGCGUCUAGACCCGGAGGCUCAUGGGAGCUCAUUUGGCAGCCUUUAAAUUGGCCACUGCUGAAACGGAUCGAGUCGCAGGAACUCUGGGAGUUGUAUUUUUCCAGGUCUCAGACUUCCCGUGCGAGUAAUUAAAGCCAUGAGGGCAAACGAGACGCCCUCUUUCCAUUAGCAGCCCCUCCGUUGUUUUAGUCUCCAUUUAUAGUUGUUUUUCUCACAAUCCCUGACCUCUCCAAGCCUUUUUCUGUCUCUUUCCCACUUGACCUGAUUUUCCGUAUCUUUGUUCCUUCCUUCUCUCUCUCUCUCUCUCUCUCUCUAUCUGUCCUCUCUUUUGUCUUCUAAGUAAACAGCUCCGAUUGGUUCAGCUGAAAGCUGCAGACAUUGAAACCUUACGCCAUCUGGAGACUUAAAGACAGCAAAAUUAACUCCAUCCUAGUCUGUUUGGCUUUUUUUCUCUGUGGUUUCUCUUUAUCGCUGGCACAGUAGUAGUGAAGUCCCUCUUUUUCUCGGGAUUCUUUGUCGUCUGUGUGCUGUGAGUGACGUGACGUAUAUCCAACCGAAAUAUCAUAAAAAACACUAACCACCAGGAUGGAAAAAGAAAACGACUUUCUCGAAGGAUCGUUCCAGGUCUUCUGGGAUGGAAUCCGGAUGAAAGAAAAAAAAAAGUACACGCAUACAAAAAAAAUCUUGAUGUCAUCUUUUUUUCAUCAAAAGGACAUUUGAAGAAACCAAUCAGAAUUGUUCUUCCAGAUUUGCUGUGAAAUAUAGAAGCAAAAAGUUGAUUUUGCGCCCACGUGCGCUGGAUAGUUCUCGCCACACUUUGCUCUAGUGAUGUGUUUCUUUGUGUGUGUAUGUGUAUGUGUGUGUGCGCGCAGAUAGGGGCUCAUAUUUUACAGAAACCCUCCAAUUAACGGAAAAACCUGCCUUUACCCGUGUAUGUGUGUGUAUGAGACCGUUUCAGGACGUAGUGGGGAUGAAACUCACGGUAACAUGACCUGGUCACGAUUUAUCCCAAAAAUCAACAGAAAAAAAACACCAAAUUUUAUUUUGAAUAAAGAAAUUUAUUGAAAAAUGUAAAGAAAAUUAUUGUGAUAUUAUUUUCAUGAACAACACAUUUACCUCUAAAUGCUCAUACUAUAAAUAACUAAUAAUAUAAUAAUAAUAAUAUAUAUACAUAUAUAUAUUUUAUAUAAAUUGGGUAUUAAGUAUAUUUUAAUUUUAAUUUAAUUUCUUCAGUAAUUCUUGCUAUUCUAAGUGUUGAUUCUAAUUACGUUAAUACAUGUUUUUCUUUCUAAAAAAUGCGUACAUUAAAGCUGUGCAAUUAAUAUUACUGCACACAAUGUAUGAAUAUUUUACUAUUGAAAUAAUCCAUAAUUUUUACAUGGAGAUAAUGGAGUAAAAUGUGCUUAAUUGUCAAGAAAAUAAUAUCACAAUUGCCAAAAAGGUUAAUUGGCCUGAAAAAGACUUUAUUUUCUUUACGCAAAUAUAUAUCUAAUUUCUUUCUUUUGACUGUGAGGUGAAAUAGGACCCAGUCAUGUUCCUGACAGGUUUGGUGAGAUUCACCUAUGUGUGUAUUACAGCAUUAAUGUGUAUCUUCAUCGAUGUUAAAAAUAAUCAAAGUGUGUGAAUAUGCUGCUCUAUUUUCUCAUGGCUUCCUUCCGUCUUAUUAUGAGACACUUUUUCUCUUUCCUCCUCAGAAGAGAGUUGGAGAAUUGUGAGCUGCACUUUUUAAUGGUGUAACACUGAGAAAUAAUAUAGUAAUUGUUAAUACAAUAAUAAAUAGUUUUUGUAUUUUAAGGGAGGAGUGUUUUAAAGAGCAAACGGCGCGUUCGGGGAGACUGGACUAUGCUGGACAGACGUUCUCUCGCUUUCUCUCUCAGUCAAAUGUUUUGUUAUUCUGUAUAUGUGAUUGGUAUGUGUGUGUGUUUGUCAUGAGUGUGUCAUUUAUGCGGCAGGACGAGGCAUGUGUUAGCGUGAGGUGUGGCGUUUCCAUGGGGUCACUAUGGGGACGGAGUGAGUGUGCAAUAGUGGAGAGACGCUCAGCUUGACAUCGAGACACAGAAGCAGAGGACGCCAUCCAAUUUCUCACUCCCGCUCAAGAAUAACUAGUUAUUCUGGGCUGAGACCUUGAACAGGACAGACUGUUUUGCACAUAAAUGUCAUGAGCUAUAAAACGUUUUUUAAAACUCCGUAACAAUAGCAAUAGCAAAACAUGAUCCAGAACAGCCUAAAAUAUAGCAAAAUGCUUCCAUUUAUGGCUGCCAAAUUUGAUGCGAGAUUAAUGCAUGUUUAAUAUUACAUUUAUUUAGUAAAGUUGGGCAUUUUAACAUGGGGGGGUCAAUGGAACUGAGUCUCUAGCAGCCAGUCAGUGAAUUGCAGUUUAUAUCACUUCUGUGUUGGAUUCAAGAGAGAGAUUUCAAUAUUGCACCAUCAUGAGGAUGCACUGUUGUGUAGAGUAAAACAACUUUUAGUGGGAAUUUUGUGCACUGUUCAUUUCUUUAGCUGUUUAAGAUUUAUUAUUGGUGUUAAACAAUAAACUGCAAGUAGAAUAAAAUCACCAGAAAACCUCUUAUUUUCAGCCAUUUGAUUCUAGAAUGAAUGUCCAUGCCGAGGCGUAUCUUUGGCAGAUAGGAGGCAGCUACAAAGCGCGUCUUCCAGACUGUAGUUAAGGGUCCGCAGUACAUCUGCUUUCAGCCGAGAGCCAUCCCAGAUCAGUGGAGCGUUUAAUAGAGCGCUCUGAUGUGCUCGAUGUAAUCAGAUAAUAGUACCGCUUAAAUUGUGUUGUGUUUGUGUUCACUCUCCAUAUCCUAGCCUUUAGCGUACACAAAUGUUGUGAUGCAACAUCUGCUGAGUGUGUGCACAUAUGAGCCAAACUUGAGCACUUUGUCAGUGUGUAUGUGUGUGUGCAGGUGCUGUCGGGGUCACCUUGUGUUUUACUUUACCAAUCGAAGCUGGUUGGCCGUCGCAUAUGUGUAUUUGUGCCUGCAUACGUGUCUACGCAGUGUUUCUGUCGCACUUAUGCUGAUGAUGACUGGGGAAAGUUAAUACUGAGUCAGUGAAUCCCUCUUUGAGUUCUGAACUGUUUAACGUCUGUGAUGUGUGUCAGACAACAAACCGCAUUCUAACACAUGCUUUUCAAUUAUAUGUUAAGUUAAAGGUGAGUUUUCCUGAAGAUUGUGAGUCUGUUGUUGUAGCAGCUCGGCAUGUCUACAUCUCACUCAAGCAAUGGAGUGAGUUUGGGUUACUUUUUUAUUAA